UCUGAUUUUGCGCUUGUUAAAUUCACAGUAGCGUCGACGAAUUGGCGAAUGGCCGGUGUUACUCGACGUCGGCGUCGUUGCGAUGAUGCCACAUUUCGAGCCUCUUUUCUCCGUGUCGCGACGGUGCGUGGAUUUCAGUAAAAAACGUGCGCAGCUUUGAAUAUCGUCGGGUACCGUGACGCGACGUGUAUUAUGUGACUCCUGUUCAAAAAUAGAGUUUACAUGUAUUUUUGCUAAACCUUCAAACAAAAGCGAUAUGGUCAACAGAAAAUAUCCUUUAACUAUGAUAAGUGCCUUCGAUGUAUCUACUACAUAUUUGCGCCUGUCCUAGUUCAUUUCUUAACAUCGUCAUUUUUCAGCUGAUAAUAUGAUUUAAGAAAAAAUUAGCUAUACGCACAAAUUAGGCAUAUUACACUCAUCAUAGAUGUCCCCGUACAUUUGCUCUUAAAACUUGGAAAUGUCUCCGACUGUCAGGCGUCGAUACCUGCGAUGUACUCCCCCGAUGGACAAUCGCCUUCGUCGGUGUUCGUACGUCACAGUCUGUAAUCGCUUCCGCACUGCUGUGGGCCAGUGUGCACUGUGCAUGGUGAAGGCCAAUAUCCUCAUUCACGCGAGAUUGGUACUUGUAACGAUCAUGUGCGCUUGCAGCAAUUCCUCUCAGCGAGGGGGGAAGGUCAUUUAAUUUUUUGUUAUACAUGUGCGUAGCUAACUUUUAUCUCAGAAGAGUUAAAUGUGUCAAACAUAAUCCUUUACGAAAUGACUGCGUAACGUGGGAAGUACAAGUCAACUUGACGGCCGUUAUCAAAAAGAAGUUUAUAAUUAAUUUUUGAAAACUAAAUGCAUUGAAGAUAUGCAUUAUUAUUAAAAAAUGUCAUUUAUUUUUGGUAUUUACCAAACUAGAAAAAAUAUAAUAAUAAUAAUUCAGAAAAAUCGAUCUCAACUUAAAAUCGGCAGUUGAUCGAUACUGGUGCAGAAACAAGCACUUGAAAAUGGUUAGUAAAAGAAUUUGCUUAAUGCUUAACAAAAUGCCCAUUCGUUGAAAAAUCGGUGCCCAUCUUUACCGCCAACAACUCAUGGACGUGUGGAGCGCCGCCCAGAGUAAGGCGGCCGCGCGUAUCUUUGCCAAAGCCCUGCAGCCGGCGAGGAUCGAUCCUCCGACACAGACCGCAGCGUCUAGUCCAGCUAGAAGCGCUUUCGUCGUAGUGUCUGUGGCACGCCCCACAUCGGAAUCGUCUCAAGCUGGGGUUGGUACAGAGUCUACAGAUUGCAAAGCGAAUGGAACAGACGAAGAGGAUGAAGGGGAUUUAAGCUCCAUCUACACGGAGUCGUACGAGAGCAGUGACGGUCUGCAAGUUGAGAGGGAGUCAGGAAAGAUACUGUUAUUUUCCAAACAAGCCCAUGCGUGCUCGUCGAAAUCGGCGCGAAGGUGUCAAUAUGCAAAGCUUUAAUGAAAAUUUCCAAAGAACCUCCGCCAAAUAAAUGAACUCUGGGUACUUUGAAAGUGGAUAUGGAUCACCACUUAGGAAGAACCGAAUCGAUCUGCUUAUCUCCAAAAAAGUGACCGCCAAUUCGAUAAGCAUUAUCAAAUGUAUGACAUCGUCUAAUUCGACUGGCUCAACGUUGUACGUAGACAUUAGCCGGCCAGGCGUCCUUGCAUGCUGUUCACCAGCAGUCAUUCCAGUAUUAUCGGCAGCGGUGAAGAUGAAGUCGAAACAACAGACUGCCGGGCACGGGCAGCAACCACACUGCAAGAAGUACAGACAAAAAAGCGAGCAUUUCCUGGCUGCCGUCAAGAGGAUAUUUCGGUUGUUCAGGGUU